UCGAACAUCUCGCCUUUGUCCAAUCCGAAACCAGUUUGAAUAGAUAUUGGCGGACAUAUAGCAAUCGGCUCUAGUAACCACCAUCGCAAGCCCUACCCGUUCUCUUUUGGGCUGGUUAGACUAGGAGGAGGAUCAUACCGUCCGACUUGUGGCCGUAUGUCUCUCUCCAAAAAACAGUGUGUCGUAUAGUCAGUCACAGUGAGUGACGAGUCAGUGAGUGUCGGUUGGUGGUGUCGACGCCUCCUGCUCUUUUUUCACUCUCUCUCUUCAUCUCUGUUCGAGACGUCGUGUGCAAACUCACUUCGUCCUUUUCAGUUUUCAUCAGUCGCACCUUCUACCUCAGGAGUCCCGGAUUGCUCGCCACAUCGCCAUGGCUGAAAUGUCGGAGAAAUCGAAGUCUAACAAGGAGCGCUUCGCCGAUGAGGAAGGUGAAUCCAACGGGCUUUUGCCUGCUGCCGUCAAGACGCCCACCGUCACAGCCGCUACUCCCGCCAUCGAUGGCCAUUCGGCGAUCAUUAAGAAGGACAAUGGCGACGACGCCAAUUUGCCAGAGAGAGGCGAAUGGUCUUCCAAGAUUGAAUUCAUCUUCUCCACUGUAGGGUACGCCAUCGGACUGGGAAAUGUUUGGCGAUUUCCUUACCUGUGUUACAAGAAUGGCGGCGGAGCUUUCCUCGUCCCGUAUUUGAUUACGAUCCUCUUCGCCGGUGUGCCCAUGUUUUUCCUCGAGUGCGCCUUGGGCCAGUACUUGGGAAUCGGUGGACUCGGAGUCUGGAAAGUCACGCCCUUCUUCAAAGGAGUGGGCUACGCUGCCGUCAUCAACGCGGCUUGGUUGAACAUUUACUACAUCGUCAUCUUGGCUUGGUGCCUCUUCUACUUCCUCGUAUCUCUCAGUCAAGUCGUUCCGUGGGGCACGUGCGACAACUGGUGGAACACGGAGACGUGUGUCAGCGCCUACUCGCGCACCAACCUCACCUCGUUCAUUGAAGGCAACACGACCUUCUACAACCUCAAUGGCACUCUGUACGCUGCUUCUAACCUGACUGAUCCAGUCAAAGAAUAUUGGGAACGUCGUGUCCUCAUGAUCUCGGAUGGCUUGGAGGACAUUGGAGGACUUCGUUGGGAACUGGUGGGAACUUUGGCUGCUGUCUGGUUCAUGUGCUACUUCUGCAUCUGGAAGGGAGUCAAAUGGACUGGCAAGGUGGUUUACUUCACUGCCCUCUUCCCUUACUUCCUGCUGACGGUGCUGCUCAUUCGUGGAGUCACCCUUCCUGGUGCCGCCGAGGGUAUCGCCUUCUACUUGACUCCCGAUCUAUCCAGGCUGAGAGACCCCGAGGUGUGGAUUGACGCAGUAUCUCAAAUCUUCUUCUCCUACGGUUUGGGAGUCGGUUCUCUGAUCGCCCUGGGAAGCUACAACCAAUACAACAACAACGUCUAUCGGCAAUCGUUGCUGGUGUGCGCCAUCAAUUCUGGCACGAGUUUCUUCUCAGGAUUCGCCAUUUUCUCCGUUAUCGGUUUCAUGGCCAAAGAGCAGAACAAACCCAUCAGUGAAGUUGCUGCUUCAGGUCCUGGGCUGGUAUUUUUGGCGUAUCCUUCGGCUAUUUUGCAGCUACCGAUUUCCCCCCUAUGGUCGUGCCUCUUUUUCCUGAUGUUUAUCACGCUGGGUUUGGAUUCACAGUUUUGCACUCUGGAGGGGUUCAUAACGGCAGUGGUGGAUGAAUGGCCUCGCUUGCUUCGCCGGCGCAAGGAGAUUUUCAUCGCCGUCGUCUGUUUUGUUUCCUUCCUCAUCGGACUCUCGUGUGUUGCUCAGGGCGGCAUGUACGUUUUCCAGCUUUUCAACAGCUACGCCUGCAGCAAUCUCGUUCUCCUUUGGCUCAUCUUCUUCGAGUGCAUCGCCAUUUCCUGGGGUUUCGGGGUGAACCGUUUCUAUGACGGCAUUAAGGACAUGAUUGGAUAUUACCCAACUCGCUGGUUCAAGUUCUGCUGGUGUUUCAUGACUCCUUCCAUUUGCGUUGGCGUCUUCGUCUUUUACUUGGCCGAGUUCACGCCAUUGACUUACUUGGAUUACCACUACCCUUGGUGGGGCCAUUUCAUCGGACUGUUGCUAGCCCUCUCGUCCAUGAUUUGCGUUCCAGCUUACAUGAUCUACAUUGUGUGGAAGCAGGAAGGCACUCUAAUGGAGAAACUUCGAAGUACGAUGGGUCAGAUCAGGCCCAAUGUCACUCUGGAAGAAAUACGUAAUUCGCACGUAAAGACUUUGGCACCAAGUAGUGAAGCUGUCACAGCCGUCUAGAAACUAUCUCUUAUCGUCCCACCUCGACUAAAGGAAGCGGACGUAGUAAGUAGACACUAUUCUACGCGCUGUCUAUAGGAAAACGACUGUCUCGUAAUUUUUUUCCUUCGGAUUCAACGGCGUUUUCCUUUGUUUACUUGUUUUUUUUUCACUUAAUUUUUUUCCCUUUGUUUUAUUUUGUUUGUUUUUUUCAAACUUAUUUCCCUUCUUCUUCUUAUGUUCAGGUUUGGCUACGAUCUUUGGUAAUUCUGAGUAACUUUCCGACUGCAUUUGCUUUUGGCCGGAGCUGUUCAUGUUCAAUACGUCUUCCAUUGCGAGGCCUCAUAAUAUUUUAAUCAUUCACUCUAUUGUUGUCUCUGUAACGUUCUUGUUUUUUUUUUUUUUUUUUUUAUUUGGACUUGUCUUUGAUGUCGACUCCAC